CCAUGUCUCACUCCCCCCUCCGCAGCCUGGCAAGCAGGGGGACACGGGAAGAGAACGGCAUCCAGACUGAAGGAUGAACCACGGGCGUCUCGUGUCCAGAGCUGCAGAGAGCUCGCGCUGCGCUUGCCAGCCUCUCGUCCUCCCCCGUCUGCAUCCGGCCGCCCAGGGGCACGCACCGACCCUGGACAGCGGCUCUAGGGCUCCGGGAGGACGCAAACCAGGGCCCGAGCUGCCUGAGCUGCCCAAGCGCUGGGCCUUCAGGCCAGCUCCCCGGGGAGCUCGGGGCAGCCUCGCUCCCUGCCCUCCUCCCUGGAAGGAGACACCGCGGAGCCCAGCAGUGCUUUUCCUGCAGCUGGCGCUGGGGCCCCAGCUCUCUCCAGCCAGCCACGGGGCUGAGCAGCUCCGUGGACCCUGCCCCUUUCAGAGGACAACCCGGGAAGACAGAGCGGGCGCCCAGGUCUCAGCCAACCCUCCCAGACAAGAGGAAACAAGUUCUGUUGCGUAAAACUUCUCUUUUGCUUUUGCAUCGAACUCCUGUAGCUGAGCAAGAUCUGCCGAAUCCUGUAGGGUUUCAUUUUCCACUUGAUUGGUGCCUGAGAGAAACUGCAAGGAGUGGGUGGCAGCAGGAAGAAACCAUAUAAACUUCGGGGCAGGGACAUUUUCUUGGAAGUGACAAGUGGCUUCAGACCUACGGUUCCCGGGCCAGCGACGACGUCAUCCUUCACUGGGACACACCGGAGGGUCUGGUCUUUGUCACAUGACCAACACCAAAGACCCCAGAGGAGCCAUGGAAUCCAUGCUGGCGACAUCCAGUUCUGCCACAGGCCCUGUCACCUUCUCCCAUGUCUUCGGUCAGCAGUGCCAACUGAUGGAAGCAGCGGUGCAAUCAUUGCAUACCCUAAACGACCAAAUAUCUCAUUUUAUUGUCACCAAGUCGAAGGCGCUGGAGGAGGACAAAGACCCCUUUCUGCCCGCUGAGAAGGAGACUCUGAAGGGUUCCAUGAUAUUGAUGAGGCACCUCCUUAUGGAUGCUCAGGCCAAAAUCCUGAGCAUGAUGGAAGACAAUAAGCAGCUCGCGCUCCGCAUCGAUGGGGCGGUCCAGUCCGCCAGCCAGGAGGUGACCAACCUGCGAGCCGAACUCACGGCCACCAACCGGAGACUGGCGGAACUGAGCGGAGGCGGCGGUCCCGGCCCGGGCCCCGGAGCGGCGACCAGCGCCUCGGCGGCGGACUCGGCGGCGGCGAACAUGGAGAACCACCAGCACGGCGCGCAAGUGCUCCUGCGGGAAGAAGUGUCUCGGCUCCAGGAGGAAGUCCAUCUUCUCCGGCAGAUGAAGGAGAUGCUGACGAAGGACCUGGAGGAGUCACAGGGCGGCAAGUCCUCCGAGGUCCUCUCGGCCACCGAGCUCAGGGUCCAGCUGGCCCAGAAGGAGCAGGAGCUAGCCAGAGCCAAAGAAGCCUUGCAGGCCAUGAAAGCCGACCGAAAGCGCCUGAAGGGCGAGAAGACGGACCUGGUGAGCCAGAUGCAGCAGCUGUACGCCACGCUGGAGAGCCGCGAGGAGCAGCUCCGCGACUUCAUCCGCAACUACGAGCAGCACCGCAAGGAGAGCGAGGAUGCUGUCAAGGCUCUGGCGAAGGAGAAGGACCUUCUGGAACGCGAGAAGUGGGAGCUCCGGCGCCAAGCCAAGGAGGCCACGGACCACGCCACGGCCUUGCGCUCCCAGCUGGACCUCAAGGACAACCGGAUGAAGGAGCUGGAGGCGGAGCUGGCCAUGGCCAAGCAGUCCUUAGCUACGCUGACCAAGGAUGUCCCCAAGCGGCAUUCACUCGCCAUGCCCGGCGAGACUGUGCUCAAUGGUAACCAGGAGUGGGUGGUGCAGGCGGACCUCCCGCUGACCGCAGCCAUCCGGCAGAGCCAGCAGACUCUCUACCACUCGCACCCCCCACACCCUGCAGACCGGCAAGCAGUCAGGGUGAGCCCGUGCCACUCCCGGCAGCCCUCUGUCAUCUCCGACGCAUCUGCUGCAGAAGGCGACCGGUCAUCCACACCAAGUGACAUCAACUCCCCUCGACACCGGACGCACUCCCUCUGCAACGGCGACAGUCCCGGCCCGGUUCAGAAGAACCUGCACAACCCCAUUGUACAGUCACUAGAGGAUCUUGAAGACCAAAAACGGAAAAAGAAGAAAGAGAAGAUGGGAUUCGGCUCCAUCUCCCGCGUCUUCGCCAGAGGGAAGCAGCGGAAGUCCCUCGACCCCGGCCUGUUUGAUGACUCGGACAGCCAGUGCAGCCCCACGAGGCAGAGCCUCAGCCUGUCAGAGGGCGAGGAGCAGGUGGACCGGCUGCAGCAGGUGGAGCUGGUCAGGACCACCCCCAUGUCCCACUGGAAGGCCGGCACCGUGCAGGCCUGGCUGGAAGUGGUCAUGGCCAUGCCCAUGUACGUCAAGGCCUGUGCAGAGAACGUGAAGAGCGGGAAGGUGCUGCUGAGUCUCAGUGAUGAGGACCUGGAGCUGGGCCUGGGCGUGUGCAGCUCCCUGCACCGGCGCAAGCUUCGGCUGGCCAUCGAGGACUACCGCGACGCUGAGGCGGGCAGGAGCCUGUCCAAAGCUGCCGACCUGGACCAUCACUGGGUGGCCAAAGCCUGGCUGAACGACAUCGGCCUGUCCCAGUACUCCCAGGCCUUCCAAAGCCACCUGGUCGAUGGGCGGAUGCUGAACUCCCUGAUGAAGCGGGACCUGGAGAAACACCUGAAUGUGUCCAAGAAGUUCCACCAGGUCAGCAUCCUGCUGGGGAUCGAGCUGCUGUACCAAGUGAACUUCAGCAGGGAGGCCCUCCAGGAGCGGCGGGCCCGAUGUGAGACGCAGAACAUAGACCCCGUGGUCUGGACCAACCAGCGGGUUCUCAAGUGGGUUCGAGAUAUUGACCUGAAGGAGUAUGCGGACAACCUGAUCAACAGCGGCGUCCAUGGCGCCGUGCUGGUACUGGAACCCACGUUCAACGCCGAGGCCAUGGCCACCGCCCUGGGCAUCCCCAGCGGGAAGCACAUCCUCCGGAGACACCUGGCAGAGGAGAUGAGCGCCAUCUUCCACCCGGCAAACUCCACGGGCAUCCGGGAGGCUGAGCGUUUUGGGACACCCCCCGGGAGAGCCUCCAGCAUCACCCGGGUGGGGAAGGACGACAGCAGUGGUGUCAAGUACAAGGCUGGCCGGCUGCCCCUGGGGAAGAUCGGAAGGGGUUUUAGCAGCAAAGACCCCGAUUUCCAUGAUGACUACGGCUCUCUUCAAAACGAAGACUGUGGAGACGAUGACCCCCAGGGCAGGCCAGAGCAGUGCCGUCUGGAAGGCUACAAUGGCCUGGAGGUCACCAACGUGUAAGGAACCGAUGCUCUGCCAGACGCAACAUGGAGACACAUACGGAGGAAGAGUAGCCAGAUGCCAUCACCACUGUACAUAGUGACCUCGGGCUGAGGAGGCUCCUCCACUGCAGGAAAAAAUCCCAGUAGACUGCUGCCAUUUCAGAAUGGGGGCACAAGGGGCGAGGGGGCGCCAGCUGUGGACUUUCUGCCCAGCGGAAGGAGACUGGCCCCGAGAAAUUGUCACAGUAAUCCUUCUGUGAUCCCACCCCUCUGUAAUCCAGGCUCCACCUCAGAGUGACUGUCAGUCGUCGAGCAGUCCAAGUGGCCCCGGAGACUUGAACUGAGCUGGCAAGGAGGAGAGAGGCCCGUGAGUCCCCAAAACACCCUCCCAGGAGGAGCAGGUGGGACUCCAACCAGACACGCAAAGUCCAGUAGCGACAGUGCUCAGAGCAGGCAAAGCCUGAGGCUGACCAGUUGACUAGUGGACCCUUUCUGCCCGUGGGGUGGCAGGAAGUGCUGCCUCUUGCUGAGAUGUCAGCCGGAGCGCGGUCUCGGCUCCAGCACCCUUGUCCCCAUGACUGAGAAUUUGGGUUCUGCUUUGGGUCCCUGAAUCUCUCUCAGGAGAAUGCAAAAUGGAGAGGUCAUUUCCUCUACCCUAAAAGCCAUGCGUCACAUAGAGGUGGGCGUGUCACAGAGCGCUUUGCCCCUUCCUCCCAGGGAAGGCUGCAUGGGGUGGGGGCAGGUGAAUGGUCCCUGCCAGAGGGGGUUAGCAGUGACACUCCCAGGAAGUGUAGAUAUUCUGUCAUCAGGAUAAAGUCUAGCAUGACGACAGGAUCAGAGAUGACUGAGUUAGGUCUGUGACAACUGUACCAAAUGUGGCAAUGGACCUGGGAUUAGGGACAGGAAAACGCUUCUCAUUGUUAACCCAACAAACCUUUGUUGUGAUGUCUCUGUCACCUAAAACAGGUGUGCUCACCAAUGUCCUAACUGAGAUGAACCUCACAGAGCAGAGUCGUUCAGAGGGUGGCGAGAACCCCCAGCCCUUUGCUUGACCCUGCCACUGUUCUGCUGUGUGGCUUCUUCCCAGUGGCCUCACCUCUCUGUGCCUCAAUGUCUUCAUCUACAAUACUUCUGGUUCCCUCCCAGGGACGUUUUGAAGAUUAACACUUGCUAAUGUCUGUAACACACUUUGUAACCUCUCAGGAGACAGAUGGGAAGUUAUGGGGUGGGCGGGGGGGGGCUA